AUGGCCGAUUCUUUUCUGUUUUAUCCAGCUUGCGCACUAUUUCCUGCAAUUGUUGUUUUUGGAGCAAACUACGACAACCCUGAUUGGAUGCCCUAUCCGAAAUUCAAUUGGCCUUCUUGGUCUUAUGGGUGUGCGAUUUUGGCGAAUUUCAGCUCAAUAUUUACCUCUGUUUGCUUCGGACUGAUAACACGAGAAACCAAAAGAGAUUUGGAGGAUUAUACAAUGGAGUUCCCGAUGUCUACGAGGUUGCGACAUAGGCGACGAUGGUGGCCACACAAGCGCCGAUGGGCAGAGGACGCAGAACCGUUCGAGAAUCAACCUCCUGAUGACCAUCGCGUGCCUCCAGUUGGUGAUACCAUCCCAUUGAGCGAACUCAGUUCGACGAAAACUUCUGAGCAACGGGAGUAUAGUGGAAGCAAUUCGGGGUUGACCUACCCGGAGUCGAUACCCGGAAGCGUUCACGAACCCCCGCAUUCACGAACAUAUAAGGGCAGGUCGGACUUAUAA